AUGACUUAAACAUCCAAUGCAUCAAAAUAAUCAAAUUACAUGUAUUUACUAAGACCGAACUAUCCAAAACUCAAAACAACUCUUCAAUUGGCAAUAUUCAAGGUAAAACUUCUUCAAAGAAAGAUAUCGGAACAAAAUGCCAAGACUAAAAGAGAAGUAGCAACUCUAAUUCUCAAAGGAAAAAUCCCUAGAGCCAGAUUUAAAGUAGAGUUAAUCAUAAGUGAAAAUGACUAUAUAGAUGUAUUAGAAACUGUUGAGAUAUAUUGUAAUCUGUUACUAGAGCAGUUCCAUCUUAUUCAAGGACAGAAAGAAAUAGACGAUAGCCUUAAAGAAGCUAUUUCUACUAUUAUUUGGGUAUCUUCACGUCUAACUGAUGACGUACAAGAACUAACAGUGUUGGCAAAUAUUUUGUGCGGAAAGUACGGUCCAGAUUUCUCAAAAGAAUGCAAAGAGGGCACACACGCAGCUAUAAACACCAACAUAAAACGAAAACUGGGUGUAUAUAUUCCAUCGAAAUUACUCAUCGAAAAUUACAUGGCUGAAAUUGCGGCAAAUUACAAUGUAUCGUAUAUUCCAGAUCCUAGAAUUAUGGGCAAAGAUUCAGAAGAAGAGAUCUUAAUACCAGAAACUCAGUCAAGACAUUUCGAUUUUUCAAUAAAGAAAGGAAGUGACUACGCCGCUGCCUAUCCUUCAACAAGUUCACCUUUUUCUUCUUUUUUGCUACCAGAAGUAGCAGAGGAACGCACUGCAGUGGUUCACAAUGUAUCUGUCCUCAAUCAACUGCAAGAAAGUCAUAAAGAUAUAAAAACACCAGAUUUGAAAGACAAAGACAAAGAAAAACACAAACAUGUACCACACAACAAAGAAAAACAUAAACAUUUACCAACAGACAAAGAAAAACAUAAAAACUUGCCAACAGACAAAGAAAAACAUAAAAAUUUACAAAUAGACAAAGAAAAAUAUAAAGAUUUAUCUUCAGCAAAAGAAUAUGAUUUACCAAAAGUACCUACUGAACAACAGAAUGAUCUUUUGGAAGGUAAGUCAUUAUCACCAGAAAAUUGUGGAAUAAGAAAUAUUCCAAAGGAGCAAGCCUGUGGAUUGCCAAACUUGUCACCAGUAACUGUAAAAAGAAUACGUAGCUCAUCCGACGACCUUUUAACGACGUUUGAACACACUGAUAAAGAAAAAGACAAUGUUGUACAAAAGCAAGAUACACAACAGUCGACUCGUAUGUCUACGCCCGACAACAAUAAGAAUACAAUUCAUAAAACAACAACUAAUCAAAAUCCGUUAAAUACAGAAACAUCUAAGAGAGUCAAUUUUAUAAAUACUAUUUUUCCACCAUUGUCUUUAACCAAACAAUCCCUUAAACUAUCUAUGAGUGCGUCUAACAUCUUCCAGAGAUGUUCAAAUACAUGCGAGUCCCUUAAAGAGCCAGAUAUGUACCGAACUACACCGAUACAAGCCAUAAAAAGUAAGUUCAACGAGCAUCAGUUAACAAACAUUAUCAACCUUUAUAAUCAAAAUACGGAUGUCCUAGAGCUACCAUGUACGUCAAAAGAUACAUCUCUACUGUUAUUACAAAACGUUCCAAAUGCAGAGACUGGACCUUUCCAAACACUGACAGAGGAUGUUGACAUGUCUCUUCCUACAACAUCUGCUUAUGUGCUGGACGAUUCCCUAGACGAAUUGCUCAAUUUACCAGAUGUACCUGAUGAUGAAAUAUACAUUCUUCCACAAUUGCCCUCGGUACCAGAUGUUGACAUAAAUAAGAUACAUGAUAAUAAUAAAGAUAUAGAUUUUGAUGAGCUUUGUAAACGGUUUUAUGCUCUUAAAAGAAAAGAUAAAUAGUAAAAGUAAUUUAAAAUCUAUUUUAAAGUAAACCACUUAAUUAUACAAGGUGUUUCCAGAGUAAUCGGAUAUUAAAUAAAAAUAGACGGUUUCGUUUUGAUUCAA